CCGUAGUCACCAUGCUAGCUCUUGAGACAGUUGUGCUAGCUCUUGUAGUUUUAUUCCUUCUGUUUUGUCUCCGUUUAUAUGUAGUCCUAAAAUCAGGAGCCAGAUACAAGCCUGGCAGUAAGGGCUCGGUGUCGGUGCUGGUCGUGGCCGGAUCAGGGGGCCACACCUCAGAGAUCCUGCGCCUCCUGGGCAGUCUGUCCUCCGCCUACACCCCGCGCUACUACGUCCUGGCACAGACUGACCGCAUGAGCCAUGACAAGAUCCAGGCCUUCGAGAGCUCCAGACAGCAGGCAGACUCAGAGUUCAGUGUGUUCCGGAUCCCGCGCAGCAGAGAGGUGCACCAGUCCUGGAGCUCAUCUGUCGUGAGCACUGUGCACGCCCUGUGCUACUCUGUGCCCCUGGUGUUCAGACUCAAACCUGACCUGAUCCUGUGUAACGGGCCGGGCACAUGCGUCCCUCUGUGCCUGGGGGGGCUGCUCCUCGGAGUGCUGGGACUGAAGAGGGUGGUCCUGGUGUACGUGGAGAGCCUGUGCCGGGUGCAGUCCCUGUCACUCACUGGCAGGAUCCUCUUCCCCGUCACACACUACUUCUUUGUGCAGUGGCCCUCUCUCAGAGACAAGUACCCCAGAGCCAUUUUCCUUGGGCGCAUCGUCUGACCACCCCAGAGACACACGCCACAGCAACGUGACAACUAAACUGGAUCUAAACCCGCAACUAAACCUGGGAAAGACCAAGACUAAACCAGAACUAGAACAGGACCAGUGUACAUCAGGACUACACACGGACACGACUGUGGCAUACUGGUUAGAGCAGUGGUCCUUCAACCUGGAGGUCAGAUCAGUUCUCGCUCUGAUCAAGUUCUGUCUUUGUGUCCUAAGGCAAGACUCUUCACCCACCUUGCCUGUGUGUGUGUCUGUGUGUGUGUGUCUGUGUGAUGCGAGUGUUGGUGGUGAUGGGAGGGGCCGAUGGCGCAGGUUGGCAGCCUCACUGUCAGUCUGCCCCAGGGCGCUGUAUAUAACCAAUUCAUUAUUGUUAUUAUGAACAUGUGUGAACACAGCCUGGACCAAAGACUGAAGGGACUCUUUCUGCUCUCUGUCAAUAAAGACUUUAUUGUAAUAUG